AUGUUGGCGCCUACUCGUGCGCUGCGCAAUCACAUUUCUGCUUCGCGCACUAUUUGCACAUCCGCCUCUUUGUUUAAAUCUCUUCCGACCAAACAGGAGGCUGCCCCCAGUGUAGCCCAGGGCGACUUUGUCCGUCCUCGCACUGAUGGUCAUGGCAUUAGCGCUCAGGUCCAAACUCCGAUUGCUAAGGCGACUAACCCGCCAGGUCUGGUUGAGUAUGGCCUCGAGCAAUCCCCUAACUUCCCUGAGACUUGGAGCGAGUCACAGCGACCUAAAUCGGAGGCCAUGAAGGGCCCUCGCUUUGAACAGACGGACUACCGCUUCCAACCUCAGCCGCUCUCUGCCAUGGAACUUAUCAGCAACCACCCUAUUCAAAUGACGACCCAGCGUGUUGUUUCAUGUGAUGGCGGAGAUGGCCCUUUGGGACACCCCCGCGUAUACAUCAACCUGGUGAGUCAAUUUCUGAAAAGCUUGACUAACAAAUGA